UGCCACACCCGAUCUGGUGGCCAUGGUGGAAGUGCAGCUCGAGGACUACAACUACCCCCGGGAACUGCUGGUUGCUUUCAGUGCCUGCACGACCGUGCUGGUGGCCGUCCAUCUCUUUGCUCUCAUGGUGAGCACCUGCAUCCUGCCCAACAUUGAGGCCGUCAGCAACAUCCACAACCUCAACUCGGUCAACGAGUCGCCCCACGAGCGCAUGCACCACUACAUCGAGCUGGCCUGGGGCUUCUCCACCUCCUUGGGCAUCUUCCUCUUCCUGACCGAGGUGGUGCUGAUCUGCUGGGUUAAAUUCAUGCCCAUAGGCCGGGUUUCCUCAGGCAAGAAAUGCUGCACCGCUGCUCCGAUCCUGGCCAGUAGCGUUGCGGCCCCGACGGUGGCCGCUCCGGACAACUCGGGUUGGAACGCCGCCUUGGCCUCGACCGUGAUCAUGGUCCCGGUCGGUGUGGUCUUCAUCAUCUUUGCUUUGCACUUCUACCGGUCCCUGGUGGGCCACAAAACUGACCGGCACCAGCAAGAACUAGAGGAACUCAACCAGAUCAAGUAUCAGCUGGAUGGGGAAGCCACGGCACUGCAGGUGGUGUGA